AUGGCGAAACCUACCAUUGUCGCCGUGCCCGGGACUUGGCACGUCCCAGCACACUUCUCCCACGUGACUAAAGAACUCGAGACCGCCGGCUACACCGUCAUCGGCGUCGACCUCCCGGGCAACAGCACGGAAUACAUCGACAACCGCCUCGCAAACAUGCAAGACGACGUCGACGCCGUGCGAGCAGCAAUUCUGGAACAGCUCGAAACGAACAACGUCCUCCUCGUUACCCACUCCUAUAGCUCCAUCGUCGGCAGCGCCGCCCUGACAGACCUCUCCCCACCCGCCCGCAGCGCCGCCUCCCUCGCCACGAGCGUCGUCUCCCUCAUCAUAAUCUCCGGCUUCAUCUGCCCCGUCGGCAUCUCCAUGGUCGAAAUGAUGGGCGGCAAACUCGCCCCGCAAUACCUCAUCUCCGACGACGGCGAAUCCACCCUCCCCUUCGCGGGCCCCGGCGCCGUGCACAUCCUGUACAACGACCUCGAUCACAACGAAGCCGCCAAAGCCAUCCACCUCCUCCGGCCACAAUCCUACGCCUGCACGACCUCGCCCAUCCCGGACCAGGUGGCCGCCAUGAAGGGUAUCCCGCUGAGCUAUCUGCUGUGUAGUGAGGACAAUGCGCUCCCGUGGGAGAGGCAGAUUGGGACGAUUCAGGGUUUCAGGGAGAAGGGGAUUGAGAUUCUGUAUACGCAGGUGAGUAGGAGUGGUCAUAGUCCAUUUUUGAGGUUUCCGCGGGAGACGGCGAGGUUUGUGAGGUUGGUGGCGGGGGAGGAGGUUGAGACGGGGUUUGAGGAUUUGAGGGCGGAUAGGGCGAGGCCGGUGUAG